AUGGUGCUAGAAUACCCACUUUCUGGUGACUUGUUGUGGCCCGAGGGCAGCCCCCACGUGCGCGCCUUGCGCCGAUGUGUGACUCGCCGCCUCCACCCCACCCUGUUCCAGGCCAAGGACGAGCUGAAUGAGAGGGAGGAGACCCGGGAGGACGUGGUUCGAGAGCUGCAGGAGCUGGUGCAGGCGGAGGCGGCGUCUGGGCAGGAGCUGGCCCGGGCGGUGGCCGAGAGGGUGCAAGGGAGGGACAGCGCCUUCUUCAUGCGCUUCAUCCGCGCGCGCAAGUUCCACGUGGGGCGCGCCUACGAGCUGCUCCGAGGAGCCGGGCAGGAGUCCAGGCCUCUGGAAUCUUUCUGUGCCAGUCCCAGAUGGGCAGGCUUCCUGAGGGGCUCUUCUGCUCUCCCUCCGCCAGGCUAUGUGAACUUCCGGCUGCAGUACCCUGAGCUCUUUGAUAGCCUGUCCCUGGAGGCCGUGCGCUGCACCGUGGAGGCUGGCUACCCUGGUGUCCUCUCCAGUCGGGACAAAUAUGGCCGAGUGGUCAUGCUCUUCAACAUCGAGAACUGGGACAGUGAAGAAAUCACCUUCGAUGAGAUCUUGCAGGCAUAUUGUUUCAUCCUGGAGAAGCUGCUAGAAAAUGAGGAGACUCAAAUUAAUGGCUUCUGCAUUGUUGAGAACUUCAAGGGCUUUACCAUGCAGCAGGCUGCCGGACUCCGGGCUUCUGAUCUCAGGAAGAUGGUGGACAUGCUCCAGGACUCCUUCCCAGCCCGGUUUAAAGCCGUCCACUUCAUCCACCAGCCGUGGUACUUCACCACGACCUACAACAUGGUCAAGCCCUUCUUGAAGAGCAAGCUGCUGGAAAGGGUCUUUGUCCAUGGAGAUGACCUCUCUGGCUUCUUCCAGGAGAUCGAUGAGGACAUCCUGCCCGCCGACUUUGGGGGCACAUUGCCCAAGUAUGAUGGCAAGGCGGUCGCUGAGCAGCUCUUUGGCCCCCGGCCUCAAGCCGACAACACAGCCUUCUGAGGACUGACGUCUCCGGCUGUGCAACCUGUAGUUAGCAUCCCGGGCUCUCCUCGGCCGUCCUGGCCCCAGGAGGUUGGGAAAAGGGCUGCCUGAGGUGGUUCCUCUGCUCCUCCCUGUGCUUGGAUGAGUUCAGGUGUCACCCUCCUCCCAAGUUCAGGGACGAUAAAGCAGGGGGAGUUCCCUUGGACAAG